AUGUCGAGAAUAGUGUAUCUUCUCCUGCUUCUGGCGAUCAUCGUCAUUUCCACAUCCGCAGCCAGCGUCAAAUUCAAUCGAUGCCGCGUCGGUCGACUGGACAAUCAGAAUGAGGAGUACAAAUACAUGCUUCCCCUGAUGCCGUGCAAGGGCGAGUGCGAGUUCCAAGUCUUCGACGACGCUACCGAAUUCUACUGUGGCUGUGAUUAUUGCGACGUACCGGUCGCGAAUCGGAUGAAGGAUCGGAAUGACCGAUGCCUGGAGGUGGCCCGUGAAGGCGAAAGGCUUAUUCGCGAUGGGCAAUUCGACAAGGGUAUCGAAGCAAUGGAGGAGGCGAUCCAGAUCGGGACCAGCGAUCUACUAACCCUCUCGGCCAUCUAUUCCCAACUUGGAAACGCGUUCUUCACCGUGGGAUCGUACUCGAAAGCCAUCGAAUUCCACCGAAAUGAUUUGUUGUUGGCGAGGGUGCUCUCCGACAAGACGGGCGAGGCGAAGGCGUGCGGGAAUUUGGGGAAUGCAAUGAAGGCCGUUGGGCAGUUUCACUUGGCGCUUUCGUAUUUUGAGACCCAGCUGAGGUUGGCAAGGCAGUUGGAGGACAAGGUGGGUGUUAAGUACCUUGAAUCGCGAGCCUUGUUCCACCUCGGAACCGCCUACCAAGCUCGUGGAAAAGAGAAUUCCCGGACGCUCCUCAGCCUCCCGCUCGACGCCCCGGAAUGGCACGUUGCCAAGGAGGAUCUCGAGAUGAGCAAUCAGUACUUUAGAACAAACCUCGACUUGGCGAACUCGUUGAAGGACUACCUUUUUGUCGGCCGAAUCCUGGGCCACCUGGGCAAUAACCACUAUUUACUCCGGGAUUUUCGAUCGGCCAUUGAGAAUCAUAACGAGCGCCUCGACAUUGCCAACCAGUUCGGCGAUCGCCAGGCGGCCAGGAGGGCCUAUACGAAUUUGGCCAAUGCACACAUGAUGCUCAAUGAGGUCCGAAAAGCCGUGGAGUACUAUCGAUUGGCCCUUUCGGUCGCGUUCGACAUUGGCGAUCGGUACGGAGAGGCCCAAAAUUGCUUCUCGCUGGCAAAUGCUGCUGUCGGGAUCAAGGAUUAUCAACUUGCCACCGAAUUCCACACACGACAUCUGCGGCUGGCCAGGGAAUGCCGCGACCUGGCUGGCGAAGCCCGGGCCUACACGAGCUUGGCUUCGGACUUUAUGAGUUUGGAAGACGUGCGGAAAGCCGCGUACUUUAUUGAACGUGGCUGGAGGUUGGCUAAACAG